AUCAUAACCAUGGCUAGAGCUGUGCGUGUAAUAUUUCAAAACGUAACUUUAUAUCGUUUUGGUAUUAUGAACUAUUUGCAUUGACAAUAUCGGCGCGUGCGUAGUUAAAAUAGUCACAAAAGUGUGGUUCCAUGUCCUUCAGUGGUUACGGGGUUUACCCAGAAUUGCCAACUUAUAUUUAAUUUGGGCCUUUAUCUGUUAUGAGUUACUUUUAAUGUUAUGCCUAUUUAAUAAUUCUUGUUAAAGUUAUGUUUGUUAAUCUUUAUAGCUUUUGUAAUAAUCGUAGAACAACCCUACCUUUGGAUUUUUUUAAAUAAUUUAUUUUAAGACACCUGUUAUUAUAACAUAUUAUAACGGUUAACAAGCCCAUCCUGUUCGAAAUCGCCACCCUUUUACCCAGCCUGCCCAAACCUACAAGUAUGAAUUGUCAAAAGUAAGACUGAAAAAAAUCGUUUACUCAGGUUGAAUCAUCAAUAUUAGCGACAAGGAAAAUUGUCUUCCGCGUAAAUUAAAGAUUAAUUUCGCUUGUGAUAGUGUAUUCUUAUAAAUUAAACAAAUCUUUAUACGAAAUUAUUAAAACUGUGUGAACUUAAAUAAGAGUAAAUGGAAGAAUUGUGGCAUAAAGCGUGCAAUCACUUCGCUGUCCCUGAGGAUGUGGCCAAAAGCUGGUACACACGCAUAUAUCAGCGACUUAAUGAAAGUCAUUCUAAACGUUACUAUCAUAAUUGGAAUGAAAUGAUGCAGCAUAAACGCGAACACUUGCUGCAUUGUAAGCCUGCCUUGGUUUUGGCCGCAUUUUUCCAAUAUUACUCAUAUGAUGGCAUUCAGCCUUGUGCUAAAGAAAAUUGUGCAGCAUUUGAAGAAUUUUGUUGCGAUGCAUCGUUGGAUGAUCAAGAGUCCAAAAACUCAAUAUUAAAACUUUUGGGCGACAAAUCUGUGGAAAAUGAACUAGAAACCACCUUUGAAGACGACGCUAACUUUCUGCAGGAUUUGGAUUUGGUCAUAUUAGCUGCCAGUAGUGAGAACUAUAAACGUUACUGCCAAUUACUUCGUAACGAAUAUGAGCAUAUGAGCGACGUGGAUUAUAAAAAUAUGCGUUUGAAGGUGCUGCAAACAUUACUAAGCAUACCAAAUAUUUUUUCAACAACGGAAUUUCAAACACGCUAUGAAGCUGCAGCUCGUGCUAAUAUGAAAGAUGAAAUAAGCACCCUUAAAGUAUAAUCGUUUAUAAAAUUGUCGGUUUUAGUGAUUUAAUUUCCGGAAAAUUCGACUUUCAGAUCUGUACGUAAUAUUUGAUGAAUUUCGAAAUUAGAAAUAUGUAAACGCGUUGGCUUUAUUAUUUCAUGAUAUAUU